GACCGCGGACGUCUUCGUUUUCGGCCAAUGCACAUGUGCCACCGCACUAAUGACGGGGUCACUGACGGCUGUCGCCUCUAGUGCAACCACCUCCAGCAUAUCAAGAAGGAGAUUGGACCCUCAUUACCCAAUUUGCGCUCGAACCACGUGCCAAGAUGACUACUACCGCUGCUGUUGGCGAGCGAGUGCUGAAUGCAUCUCGAGCCCACAUUGAGUCGUUGGGCGACAUGGCUGAAGACGCCUUUUACACUAUCGAUCUGCAGCACGUUGCGAACCAGUAUCGACGCAUGGUGACGCAGCUUCCGCGCGUGCUGCCAUUCUACACCGUCAAAUGCCACCCGGACACGCGCGUCUUGUCGCUACUGGCUAAACUCGGUGCUGGUGUGGACUGUGCCAGUCAGUCGGAAGUGGCAAUGUCUUUGAGCCACGGAGUCCCGCCCGAGCGUAUCAUUUUCGCCAACACGAUGAAGCAGCGCUCGCACUUGCGGUUCGCACGCGAGCACAACGUGCCUCUCACCGUGUUCGACUCGAGCGACGAGCUUGUCAAGAUUAAGCGCGAAUUUCCGGAGGCGAAACUAGUGCUGCGUCUACAAGUCGAUGACUCCAAGGCUCGUCAUCAAUUCGGCCCUAAGUUUGGAACCCCUAUGGUUGACGUGCCGGCACUGCUGGAGACAGCAAAGCGCCUGGAGCUCAAUGUUGUCGGUGUGUGUUUCCACGUCGGUGUCGGCGUUCUAGAAGCGAGCGCGUUUGUGGACGCGAUUGUGCGCGCCAAGCAGGCGUUCGCAAUGGGCCUUGAUGCUGGAUACAAGUUUACGCUGUUGAAUCUCGGCGGUGGCUUCGCUGGUGACGACCUCGGCCCUGUCACGUUUGAAGCUGCGGCACAGGCAAUUAAUGCAGUGCUGGAUGAGCUCUUUCCCGAAAGUAGCGGCGUGAGCAUCAUCUCUGAACCAGGGAGGUAUUUUGUGUCAGCGUGCGCCACGCUCAGCGUCAAUGUGAUCGGAAGGAAAGUGGAUCCAGAGCUCACCGAGCGUGCACGUACUUCCACUGAUGAAGCUGAUGCUGGCCUGCCGCGUUAUAUGUACGUCGUGAACGACGGUAGACAUGGCUCCUUCAGUACGCCCCACUUGUGUGUGGUGUCGACUCCCGUGGUACUGAAGGCAGCUAACGCUGAUGAGUCGAAAGCUGUGCCUUGCAGUGUGUGGGGUCCGACGAUGGACGGUAAGGAUGCCAUCACCCGAGAGACGUCACUUCCAGUCCUGGAAGUCGGCGACUGGAUCGCUUUUCCCCGCAUGGGGGCGUAUAGCUUCGCGACAGGCUCCACCUUCAAUGGGUUCUCACUGCCAAGCCGCAUCUACAUCGAAGCGGAGGAUACAGAAUAGUAAUAAGCUUACAUAGAAUAUUAAUUCACAGUAAACUUUGCAUACAAAAUGUAGGCUGACGUUGAAGUCAGCAAGUUGUCCUUUAAGUUGCAUAAAAGUUGCGCGUCUGAAUUGAAGCAA